AUGGAGGACCAAAGACCAGCUCCAGCUAGAAAGACACUUGGAGACUAUGCUAUGCAGCAAGGGCCAAGAUAUUUUUCUAGCAUAGCAAUACCAUCCACCACCAAAACUUUGGAGAUGAAGCCAGCUUUCUUCAGCUUGAUCAAUUCUCAUCAAUUCACUGGAAUGGAUAAUGAAGAUCCAUAUACUCAUCUUUCUACAUUCUAUGAAUUGAUAGGAACCAUGGGCUUUCAAGAAGGAGAUCUUGAGAAUGUAUACAUGUGUUUGUUUCCUUUUUCUUUGGCAGGUAAAGCAAAGGAAUGGCUUAAGUCACAUCCAAACCAAAGUUUGAACAACUGGAAAGAUGUUGAGGAGAAAUUUUUGAACAGAUUCUUUCCACCAUCUCGCUACAUCAAAGCCAAAGCUGAUAUUUCGACAUUUAGGCAAGGACUAGAUGAGCCAUUCUGUGAAGCUUGGGAGCAGUUCAAUUCUUUAUUGAGGAAAUGCCCAAAUCACGGAUUUGAAGAUAUUGCUCAGCUGAACAUAUUCUGUAAUGGUCUGAAGCCUGACACCAAAAUGAUAUUAGAUGCAGCAGCAGGUGGAACAAUGAUGAGUGUAGAUGCGGAGCAAGCAACGAGAAUCAUUGAGGCAUUAGCAUCCACAGAUCAUCAAGCUCAGCAUAAUAGGCAAACUGUUAAGAGGAAAGGAAUGCUUGAUCUUAGUACUACAGAUGCGCUCUUAGCUCGGAAUAAAAUUCUGACUCAACAGAUUGAAGCACUAACGAAGCAGAUGUCUAAAUUGCCAGAGCAGUUGCAAGGGUGGAGAAACAAUCCAAAUCAGAAUUUUGGAUGGAAGCAAGAUGCUGGUCCUUCAAACAGACAACCUCCUUAUCAACAGCAGCAACAACAUUAUCCUUCGGUGCAUGAUAGAACAACUAAACUGGAGGAUACUCUAGAAAAGUUUAUGCAAGCUUCUUUGACUAAUCAGAAAAAUACAGAAGCGUCAAUCAGGAAUCUUGAAACACAGGUUGGACAGUUGGCGAAACAAUUAUCAGAUCAGCAGUCAAGUCAAUUUUCAGCCAACACACAGACUAAUCCCAAGGAGCAUUGUAAAUAUAUUACCACCAGAAGUGGUAAAGUUGUGGGAAGAGGGAUUGGAGACAACCUAGGUGUAGAGGAGGAGAUUAACAUCCCUUUUGUGGAGGCUAUGGAGCAGAUGCCGACAUAUGCAAAAUUCAUGAAAGAGCUCCUAACAAAAAAGAGAAGAUUCUCUAAAGAGACAGUAGAGCUUGAAGCAGGGUGUAGUGCUAUAAUUCAAAAAUCAUUACCUCAGAAAUCCAAAGACCCUGGGAGCUUCACUAUUCCAGUUACAAUCAGAACAUUACCAGUGGGAAAAGUAUUGCUUGAUCUGGGUGCCAAUAUAAAUUUGAUGCCUUUGUCUAUGCUAAGAAGAAUAGGAGUUCUGGAAGUGAGGCCUACACAGAUGACAUUACAGCUAGCUGACAGAUCCAUGAAGUAUCCCUAUGGUGUGGCAGAGGAUGUUUUAGUUAAGGUUCAUGUUCCCAGUUGA